AUGGCUGCGCGGCCGAGCCAGCGAAACAUUAAGUGGGUUGAGGGUCUUCGCGGCGUUACCUCCGCCCUCGUUAUCGUCACCCACAUUGCGAGAGCGCUCGACUUCCCCCUUUUCUGGCCCGCGGACUCUAAGGGCGCCGCGCCGAGGUUGUUGCAGCUCCCAUACCUGCGCAUUCCUUAUCAAGGCCGUAUCGGUGUGCCCAUAUUUGCCUUCCUUACAGGCUUUGUCUGCGCCUACAAGCCGUUAAAGCUAGCAUAUCAACAAGGAAAUCAGUCGGCUGCCCUUAAGUCGGUAGCCCGAAGUGCUUUCCGUCGACCGCCCCGCCUAGUUCUUCCUGCCUUGAUUGCUACCUUUAUCAGCUUUAUAUUCUCCGUUUUUGGCGGCUACAAGUCCGCCAACCGUUGCGACAGCUUCUGGGUCCGUUUCGAUGCCCCCGACGACAUUCCGUUCGGUGAUAAUGUGAAGAGACUCUUCCGUUCAUCCCUUACCACAUGGACGAACACGGAGAACGUCUAUGACAGACAUCAGUGGGCCAUGCGUCCCCUCUUGGUUGGCGCUUUUCAGGUCUACAUCGUCCUCGCUGCUACCAUUGGUAUGCGUUUCCGGUACAGAGUUGCGGUUCACAUCCUCCUCAUCCUCUACUGGCUGUCGAACAGGAACGCUCUGACUGAAACCUUCGGUGCGAUGCUUGCUCACGGUACUCUCCUGGCUGAACUCGCCCAGCACCGCCCAACUCAGAACUUCAUCUCUCAGCACCAGCGCCUGUUUACCUGGGUUGUCGCUCCGCUGCUUCUUCUCAUCGGCGGUUUUGUCGGCUCCUACCCCCAUGAGCACGAGGAUUGGGCUGGUUGGUCUAUGUGGCUGCAUCGCCUGAUCGUCGAUCCCAAUGGCGAUGGCAGCAGGGGCAGUCUCUUGGUUCCUAAGGGCACCCAACCUGGCCGUCGUACUUCCAGCUUCUUCAUCAUGUGCAUCGCCCUCGCUCUUUCCGUCUCUCCCGCUCUGCAGAAGUUCCUUUCUCAUCGCCUUCUGAUCUGGCUCGGCCAUCACUCCUUCGCCGUCUACCUGGUCCACGGUACUAUUCUUCGUACCAUUGGCAUCUGGAUCGUGUACGGCAUCAGCGGCGAGCCGUGGGAGCCUGCCGGUAAGAACGCGGACGGGUCGCCCCGGGAGCCCAAGUGGCUGCAUCCUAAGUCUCGGACACACAAGAUGGUGGCUAUCAUUGUCUUCACGACUCUCACCUACAUUGCUGCCUGGGCUUGGAUGAAGUGGGUUGAUAGUGCCUGCGCGAGGGCCACCCAGUGGCUGGAGAACAAGGUCUUCGACGACGAGGAUGGUGAAGGCAAGGCGGGUUACGCCGAAAAGGGCUAUGCCCCUCUCAACAAUGGCAAUGGCACUGCGCAGCCGGGUGAAAGGAGGGAGCCCCCGCCGUAA